AUGGCUCCUUCAGGCUAUCCAUCCUCCCUUCCUCUGUGUGUGUGUCUGUUCCUGGCCUCUGGCUUUGCCCAGGCAGGCAGGCUGCUGGUGGUGCCCAUGGAUGGGAGCCACUGGUUCACCAUGCAGAUGACUGUGGAGAAACUCCUCCAGAGAGGGCAUGAGGUAGUGGUAGUCAUCCCAGAGGAGAGUUGGCAGCUGGGAAAAUCGGUGAAUUGUACAGUGAAGACAUACUCGAUUCCUUACACUGUGGAGGAUAUGGACCGUGAAUUCAAGCAUUUUUCAUACACUCAAUGGAAAACUCCAGAACAAAGUAUGUAUUCUUUAAUAACAGGCUCAGUCAAAUAUUUCUUAGAAAUAACAUUUUCACACUGUAGGAGUUUGUUUAAGGACAAGAAGUUAGUGGAGUACUUGAAGCAGUCUUCUUUUGAUGCUGUGUUUCUGGAUCCUUUUCACCUGUGUGGCUUAACUGUUGCCAAAUAUUUGUCACUGCCAUCAGUAAUUUUUGCCAAAGACAUAUUUUGCGACAAUCUUGAAGAGGGUACCCAGUGCCCAAGUCUUCCUUCUUAUGUUCCUAGACUUUUCUCAAAAUCCGCAGACACCAUGACUUUCAAGGAGAGAGUGUGGAACCAUCUUAUCUACUUUGAAGAACGUGCAUUUUGCUCCUAUUAUUUGAAAACUGCUGUAGAAAUUGCCUCUGAGGUUCUGCAGACCCCAGUGACUCUGACAGACCUGUACUCCCCAGUGUCCAUUUGGUUGUUACGCACUGACUUUGUGUUCAACUUCCCCAGACCUGUGAUGCCCAACAUGGUCUUUGUUGGUGGCAUCAACUGCCUCCAAAGGAAGCCACUGUCCAAGGUGCCUGUCAAAGAGCCAGGCUAA